AUGGACAGCAAGGACUCGAUAUGGAGCCGCCGUAACAAUGUCGGCAACCUCUCCUUGUCGACCCCUGGUCAGCACGACAACUCUUCGGCCCCUCGCGACUAUUCGUCUCUCUCGAGACGCUCCGGGCCAGGAUCCUCGCACGGCGGCCGAGGCCCAAUUCCAUUCGGCGGCACCCAGACGCCGGCCAACACACUGGCAUCGCCCGGCGGAGCUGGAAAUGCGUUCGGCCUGGGCUCUGGCGCCUUUGGCUUUGCAGGCGCGAGCUCUGCAAAGACGCCCAAGACGCCAGGAAACCCAUACGAGCGAGAAUGGGGCGCACUUGGUGGUGGCAGCAAGACGCCGUCCACUGAAAAGACCGCCAAGGACGCCUUCUCGCGCGCUGCGACGGGCAAGCCCUCGAUGGGCUCAAUUUCAGAGAUCACCGGGAAACCGCAGUCGUCAGCCACCUCGCACCCACUCCGGAACGGGUGGACUUUCUGGUUCCGACCACCGAUCAGCAAGGCGAACGGCUACAUCGAGUAUGAGAGGAGUUUACAUCCUAUUGCGCACGUGACCACAGCCGAGGAGUUCUGGGCAGUGUACAACCAUCUCAAGCACCCUUCAGAUCUGCCCGAGAAGUCAGACUAUCACCUCUUCAAGCAAGGUAUUCGCCCAAUCUGGGAAGAUGAUGUAAACAAGCAGGGUGGAAAGCUGGUGGUCCGUCUCAAGAAGGGAGCUGCCAACCGCUUCUGGGACGAGACACUGCUGGCCUGCAUUGGGGACCAAUUCGGCGAGGACAACGAGGAAAUCUGUGGUGUGGUGCUUAGUGUGCGCAACAAUGAGGACAUCCUCUCGAUCUGGUUGCGCCACAGCAGUCCAGCCACUCCCAGAAUCAAGGAAACCGUCAAGCGCUGUGUCUCCUCCAUCUACCCUGGUGACCUCAACUUCGUCUGGAAAAGCCACGAUGCUAGCCAGCAGCAGGCUGCCAACACUCCUCACCACGACAACAACGCCAAUAAGCGUCCCCACCACAACAAGAAUCAGCGACAGACUCAAGACGAGCCUCGCGCCUAG